AUGAUAGAGCAACGAGACUCAUUCCAUCUCCAGAAUGUUGAGCUAACCAUGAAACUCAAACAACAGGAAGAGAAAACCAAAAGAAAAGAGGAGGAGAAAAGGAGGCUAGUGGAGAAGAAUAUGAGGCUAGCGGAGGAGAUUCAGAGACUGAAUGAAGAAAAAGAGAGAAUGUAUUCACGGUUGGACGAUUUGGUGUCCGAACGCAAUCAACUUUGCUUGGAAAACCAAAAGCUGAAACAACAAGCAAGAAAUUUCUCUCCUCAUUCAGAAUUGAACAAUGUAGCACCAGAAAUGAAUCUAAGCUCCAUUAGUGCUCGUUCAGAUGAAUCGGCUUCGUCUUUGGAGAGCCUUUGUCGUAAUUUACAUGCUUUAGAUAUUCAAAACGAAGACCCUUCCUUUAUGUCUGAAACAUCUGAUGGCGUUAAGCAGUAA